CUUUGCUUCCUCCUAGACACUAAGUAUGGAGACUGAUCAUCCCGAACAGCUGCCCGCAGGACAAACACCGCCUUCAGGGGAUAGUUCAGCAUCACCCAGGCAGAAUGGCCCGGGGAAGCAGGACAGUCAGGACUCCUCAACACCACUCCAAACCCCAGAGCACGAGGCAAGUGGCCGCUCUGAAAAGGGAGCCCGUGAUAUCUCUGAAGAGCUGAAUCGACAACUAGAAGACAUCAUCAGCAUGUAUGGGUCUGCUGCCAGUACCACAGGACAGGAGGGCCCACCCCAGGCACAGGAGCAAGCUGGGAGUAUGGAAGCCCCUGACCAUGAGGACAGAGACCAGGAAGAAACUCCUGAAGAGGCCGAAAGAGAACCCGCUGCUUCUGGAGAGCCAUCUGUAGUCAAAGAGCCUGCCAGCAAUAAAGAGCAAAGAUUGGAAAAGAAAAUUCUAAAGGGAUUAGGCAAAGAAGCCAACCUACUAAUGCAAAAUCUGAACAAGCUGCAAACACCUGAAGAAAAGCUAGAUUUUUUAUUCAAGAAGUAUGCUGAAUUGCUGGAUGAACAUCGCACCGACCAAAAGAAGUUAAAACUCCUACAAAAGAAACAGGUACAAACGCAGAAAGAAAAAGACCAGCUACAAAGUGAGCACAGCAGAGCUAUCCUGGCUCGAAGCAAGCUGGAGAGCCUGUGCCGAGAGCUGCAGAGACACAACAAGACGCUGAAGGAAGAAACCCUCCAGCGGGCACGUGAGGAAGAAGAGAAAAGGAAGGAGAUCACGACUCAUUUCCAGACUACCCUGACGGAUAUCCAGGCCCAGAUAGAGCAGCAGAGUGAGCGAAACAUGACGCUCUGUCAGGAGAACACGGAACUCGCAGAGAAACUGAAAAGCAUCAUCGAUCAGUAUGAGCUCAGAGAGGAGCAUCUCGACAAAAUAUUUAAACACAGAGAACUGCAGCAGAAGUUGGUGGAUGCAAAACUUGAGCAGGCACAAGAAAUGAUGAAAGAAGCCGAGGAGCAACACAAUCGAGAAAAGGAAUAUUUGCUGAACCAGGCAGCAGAGUGGAAACUUCAGGCAAAAGUGUUGAAGGAACAAGAGACCGUGCUGCAGGCCCAGCUCACUCUCUACUCAGGAAGGUUUGAAGAGUUCCAAAGCACACUGACAAAAAGCAAUGAAGUGUUUGCUACUUUCAAACAGGAAAUGGAUAAAACAACUAAAAAGAUGAAGAAGCUGGAAAAGGACACAGCCACAUGGAAAGCCCGGUUUGAAAGCUGUAACAAAGCAUUACUGGACAUGAUUGAAGAGAAAGCACUGAGGGCUAAGGAAUACGAGUGCUUCGUGAUGAAAAUUGGGAGGCUCGAGAACCUCUGCCGCGCGUUACAGGAAGAGAGAAAUGAACUCUAUAAAAAAAUCAGAGAAGCAAAAAUGCCUGACAAGGAUGACCAAAGUCAGCAUAGUUCUGAUGAAGAGCCAGAGGCAGACAGCUCUGUGCCUAGGGAGAUGGAUACAGAGCAGGUCAAGAGUGUUCAAAAUGCCGUGAAAAAUUUGGCCGCUGCCUUCGCAGUUCAGCCUCCAGAGUCCAUCAUGGGUCCAAGCUUAGCCCAUCUGGGCGGCGCUCAGGGGAGCGAGGCCUCUCCCCUCGACGAAGCAGAACAAGCCCUUCUGCCUGCUCCCUUGCCUUCUGCAAGUCCUCUGCUUCUCUCAACUCCUGAGGCCGAGGCUGAAGUGGGCAACAAGGAACAACUUGCCCCUAUGGCCAGCCAUACCCCCGCCAAAUCUGUGAGAGAGCCGGAAGGCCACGGUCUAGCUACCAGGGUUCAAGCUGACCAGCAGUCCCAGAAGCCAGACGCAGAAGCUUCCGGUCUGUCCCCACAGGGCCCUACUCAGGCGUCCCUGUGCGGGCUGGAAGCUGAUGGUUCCACUUCUGCAGAAACUUCUGGUAAGGCCCCACAACCCUCAGUGGCAAAAAAAUGUCCUGCACGUGAAGGAGCUUCAGGGCAGGACUCGGCUAAGGCCUCCUCUCCCAGGAUAGAGGCAAAUGGUUCCACUCAUGCAGAAGCUGCAGGCCAGGCCUCCACUGAAACCCCCCUAUCUGAGAUAGAAGCAAAUGGUUCUGCCCUACCGCCCCCAUCACGGGAGACUGUUCCAGGGAGUCAGUCCAAGGGGCAGCCCCUGCCGGCAGCCUCAGAAGACCUGCCCCCAGAGGCCUUCGCUGGGUCCCAGCUGCCCAGUAUGUCUGACACCAGCCUGGAGGGAAUCGAUUAAGCCUCACCGUGCCUUCAGAGGCUUUCCUUUUGACUUUGCAUCUUGGUCAUUGCAAACUGUCUCUGAAAGAGGCAUUAAGGACUAGGGACAUCAAAUGGAAGAGAGAAUUGAGGCAUCUUUCAAUUUAUGCAGAAACAGCCUUUGCCCUUCAUUCUCAAUUUAUAACUGAUAAGGAGCUUUUCUAAUUUAAUACUGAGCAAUAGCACUUUUCCCAAAUGGCAACAAAACAUUCUAAUAACAGAGUUUUUUAUUAAGAUGGAACUCAAUUUUUUAAUAGUAAGAUUUGAUGUUUAAAAGACUUAUACAAGACGUAAAUAUUGACAAUGUCCUGUUAUAUUGAUUUUCACAGUUUCAUAAGCUCCAUAUAGCUGAAGGAUGUCAGGUUCCAUGUAAACAGUAAUACACGUGGACAUGUGACUAUAAUCAUGUAUGUAUAUAUAUAUAAAGUAUAUAUUACAUGGUUUUCUCUAUGCAAAAGCUUAGUAAUAAAAAAAAGUCGUAUCUUUUAUUUUUCAGGUGGGAUACAGUAAACUAAUGGUCUUUGAAUCAGAAGUAGGUUCAAAAAGGAAAUAUUUAGGCCAUUAUUGUGUCGUAGGAAAAUAAGUAACCCAUGUUAGAUCAAUAAGUUCAACCAAUAACAGAGCUAAUGACAACGAAUUCAACCUAUGAAUCAAUAAAACCAGUGAAUCAGUAAAUUCAACCAAUGGCUUGAUUUAACUAUACAAUAGCAGCAGCUACAUUAGAUCGUAGAACUCCAAAGCGUAAGCACAUCAAGGUGACCGCAGGAGGCCCUAAACAGCCGGAAGUGGCCCACCCUUCCAGCUGUCAGUCCCACACUCUUCAGCCAGCUGCCUCCUGACGCCCUCCACCUGGGAAGGCAACACUCCAGUUUGUUUGCAAAAAGGGGGUUGGAAGCCGGAGAAGAGGGAGAGGUUGAGCACUGGGAGGCCUGCGGCUGAAAAAGGGUUUUGUGCUGUUCCUGUGAUCUCUUAAGACAAAAUAUUCACCUCUUCCUGGCUGUGACUCAGUCUGUAUUCUGAAUGCAUCUGCUCCUUCCUCCCAAAUGCCCUGCUUUGUGGGAGAAAAAUCAUACAUAGCCCUCGGCUCAGUUAAUGCUAAACAGAACCAUUAUUUUCCCAAAAGAUGUGGAUCCCAACAGGAGUGACGAGACUUACAAAGCAGCAUGCACUUUCUGCUUCCAGGAUUUUUCUACAACUUGGAAGUACAAAAUGAAAACUACAUGAGUCCCUCCUCCAAACGUCUAAAAGGAAGUGAGGAUUCAAGACAAGACAAGAACUUGAUGAGAACCCCAAAUAAUAUGACAGCAAGAAUUAGUCUCCUGGGGUAAAGGAAGACUCCACCCACCAGUGAAAUAUGAAGGAGGAAAAAGGAAGAGAAAUGAAGAGCAAGAC